CACCAUGAAUCAAACCACAGAUUCACAUAAGCUAGUAUCAAGUAAUCAACCAUGAGCCACUUAACCAAAUUUCUCACCUCCUCCCUCCUGAUCUUUAGCCUUCUCUUCAUCUCUACUAAUGCAGCCACCUUUGAAAUCCGAAAUAGUUGUCCUUACACUGUGUGGGCCGCAGCCUCACCUGGUGGUGGACGCCGUCUAGAACGUGGCCAAACUUGGAAUCUUAAUGUGCCUGCUGGCACGUCCAUGGCUCGUAUUUGGGGCCGGACAAAUUGUAACUUUGAUGGUGGUGGUAAGGGUCGUUGCCAAACUGGGGAUUGCACCGGUGGCCUAGAGUGCAAAGGCUGGGGUGUCCCUCCUAACACUCUAGCUGAAUAUGCAUUAAAUCAAUUUGGUAACUUAGAUUUUUAUGAUAUAUCGCUUGUUGAUGGAUUUAAUAUCCCUAUAGAAUUUAGUCCAACAUCAGGCGGUGGGAAGUGUCAAGCGCUUCUUUGCACGGCAGAUAUUAAUGGGCAAUGUCCUAAUGAAUUGAGGGCUCCUGGGGGGUGUAAUAACCCAUGUUCCGUGUUCAAAACUAACGAAUAUUGCUGCACUAAUGGGCAGGGGAGCUGUGGCCCUACCAAAUUUUCAAGGUUUUUUAAGGAUAGGUGCCCUACUUCUUAUAGCUAUCCCCAGGAUGACCCUACAAGCACAUUUACAUGCCCUGGCGGGACCAACUAUAGGGUUAUCUUUUGCCCUCGGGGGUCUCCUCAUUUCCCCUUGGAGAUGGUUGAAGAAAAGCGUGCAGAGUAAGAAGCUAAGAACAGAGAGUUGACGACUUGAUGUAUAAUACUAUGUGAUGUCUCUAAAAUCUGGUGAAAUGAGGUCCGUGUAUUAUGUAUUGCGGAGUGUUUUUUGUUUUCCUCCUAAAAGGACAAAACACACGAGUCUGUGUGUUUCGUUCCUGUCUGUUUCUGUAAUAAAAAUAAGAGUGAAAUAAAGAGAUGUUUAGUAACA